AUGUUAAAGAAAUUAAGUCAUUUUGUACAUCUUGAUAAUCGAAUCAUUCUUUCUAUUAAAGGAAGAGAUGCUUGUGAAAUCUUAUAGGGAAUAACUACCAAUGAUCUUCGUUAAAUUCAGUAAUCUCAAAGUACAUUAUUUCUUAAUACAAAUGGCAGAAUCAUAAGUGAAGCUAUCUUGCAUAGACCAUAAAUGUAAGAAAUUCUUAUAUUAGUCAAUAGAACGGUGAGUGGUAAUAUUGUAACGAUGAAAUCUGGAUUGACAUAGAUAAAGACCUUAAAAGCACUUUAGUCAAUCAUAUCAAGAAAUUUUUGAUUAGGAAAAAGGUCUCUAUAACAGAUUAUGAAGAUCAAUUGUUUAUGUAAUCCAUCUAUUCCUCAUCUUAAGGGAUCAGAAGUCAAAUUAAAUAAUUAGGAAGGAGAUCCUAUUAUCGAUCCAGAAAAUGAUCUAUCUGAAGAAAGUGAUUAUAAAAACAUUGUUGCAGUUGAUCCAAGAUCUUCCUCUAUUGGAAUCAGAAUGGUUACUAAUGAUUAACCAGAUAUUAAAGAAGAUGAAAUUAAAGUUGAAAAAAAAGAGCAUUUUGAUAUCUCAAGAUUGACAGAAGCUAUCUUCGAAGGAAAAGAGGUUGUAAAUAAAAUACCAUUCUAAGUUAAUUUUGAUUUCUGGAAUUCUAUAAAUUUAAGUAAAGGUUGCUAUGUGGGUUAAGAAUUAACAGCUAGAUCAUACCAUACAGGUGUCAUUAGGAAAAGACUCUUACCUUUUAAAAUUGUCUCUAAUGAUAAUAUUGCUAAUUUAGAAGAUUUGAUAAUUAUUAAUGGGUAAUCAGAAAUUGGUAAAGUAGUUAAAAGUUCAAAUAAUUUUGGAAUUGCCAAUGUCAAUUAUUUGGAUAUUGAUUUAGAAAAAGAGUAUUAGGUUGGAAACAAAAUACUUUCAUUUAUAUUAUAAGAUAAACUUCGAAGUAAUUUGAUUAAGUACACAAAAUUAAUCUAAUAGAGGAAAUAAUGA